AUGGCACCAGCAGCGUGCUGUUUCGGUUUUUUGGUACUGAUAAUAACAGUUUCAAUUGUCUCGGCUCACCCACGUACUAACCAGCAAAACAGUAUGGCAAACCCAGGCCUCAACCCGUGUAGAAGCCUGAAAUGUCUCAAUGGAGGGUACUGCGACACUCUGUAUACUGGGAUAGCUCACUGUGUUUGUCGGCCUGGCUAUAGCGGGCAGCGGUGCGAAAUUCUCAAUAAUGUUGGAAGGAGUCCAUGUGACAAUUUCCUCUGUCAAAACCGUGGACGCUGUCUUAUCAACAGAUCCAAUGUACCGUAUUGUGAUUGUCCGACUGGAUACUCGGGCCAGCUGUGUGAAAUCGUCGAUCGUCAACAGCCUAAUGUGGACACCAUGAGCUGUAAUAAUUCAUGUUCCACGGCCACUUCGUGUCGUGUCUGUAUGCCAUGUGAAACCUGUCAACUAGAGACCAUAUGUUUGGCAUAUGAAAUAUUGGUUAAAGACUUGGACGCUGAAUGUCAUGCUCAAGGGUAUCUGGAAUCCUUGCUGGUCAGGGCACCAGCUCACCCUCUAGGGUACAGCCAGAUGAAAUGUCGAGGCACGGGUCCCAUCAGAGAAUGUCCUUUGGGAUCCACCUGCGUGGAUGACAGGAGAGGGGGUGCUACAUGCUGUCGCAAGAGAGUAGGCCUAGAUAACAUCGAGCAUAAACCUGGCACUUGUCCCGUGGCUCCUAACACGCAGACGUGUGGACGACUUAGUUGUCAGGGGGAUAUUGACUGUGCCGGAGACCUCAAAUGCUGCCAAUUUUGUGGGAACAGAUGCACGAAACCUGUAGAUCCUGUUGAUCGUGAGAACAGACCAUGUGAGAAUUUUGCUUGCAGCAAUGGUGGUCAGUGUUUACUACGAGGAACGGAACCGUACUGUGAAUGUCCUGCUGGGUUUACUGGGCCACGGUGUGAUUCCAGACAAGAUCCCUGUGCCAGUUUUACAUGCAGCAACGGCGGUCGAUGCCUUUUUCAAGGAUCACAAACGUAUUGCCAAUGUGCCGUAGGUUUUACAGGCCCCACGUGUGACGUCAUACUGGAUCCUUGCCAGACUGUUCGAUGUGCAAAUGGACGAUGUCUGUCUCGGGGUACAGACCCGUAUUGUGAAUGCACCCAAGGAUUCACUGGUCAAUUAUGUGACACUAGAAUAGAUCCCUGUCAGAAUGUUCCAUGUAUCAAUGGACGCUGUCUAAUUCGAGGUACAGACCCGUACUGUGAAUGCCAGCAAGGAUUUACUGGUCAAUACUGUGAUACUAGGCUAGAUCCCUGCCAAAAUAUUCAAUGUAUCAAUGGACGGUGCUUAUCUCGGGGUACAGUUCCCUACUGUGAAUGUCAACAAGGGUUUACUGGUCAGUUAUGUGAGACUAUAUUAGAUCCCUGUCAAAAUGUCCGAUGUGCCAAUGGUCGAUGCCUAUCUCGGGGUACAAUUCCGUAUUGUGAAUGCCAACAAGGGUUUACUGGCCAAUUGUGUGAUACUAGAAUAGAUCCCUGUCAGAAUGUUCGAUGUGCCAAUGGACGGUGCUUAUUUCGGGGCACAGAUCCAUACUGUGAAUGCCAACAAGGGUUUACUGGUCAAUUGUGUGACACUAGAAUAGAUCCUUGCCUGAAUGUUCGAUGUAUCAAUGGGCGAUGCUUAUCUCGGGGUACAGAUCCAUACUGUGAAUGCCAGCAAGGAUUUACUGGCCAAUACUGUGACACUAGAAUAGAUCCCUGCCAGACUGUUCGAUGUGCCAAUGGACGCUGUCUAUCUCAGGGUACAGUCCCGUACUGUGAAUGUCAACAAGGGUUUACUGGUCAAUUAUGUGAUACUAGAAUGGAUCCCUGUCAGACUGUUCGAUGUAUCAAUGGGCGAUGCUUAUCUCGGGGUACAGAUCCCUACUGUGAAUGCCAGCAAGGAUUUACUGGGCAGUUCUGCGAUGCUAGAAUAGAUCCUUGCCAGACAGUUAGAUGUGCCAAUGGUCGCUGCCUAUCUCGGGGUACAGUCCCGUACUGUGAAUGCCAACAAGGGUUUACUGGACAAUUAUGUGAUACUAGAAUUGAUCCCUGCCAAAAUGUUCGAUGUAUCAAUGGACAGUGCUUAUCUCGGGGAACAGAUCCAUACUGUGAAUGCCAGCAAGGGUUUACUGGCCAAUUCUGCGACACAAGAAUAGAUCCCUGCCAAAAUGUUCGAUGCAUCAAUGGACAGUGUUUAUCUCGGGGUACGGUUCCAUACUGUGAAUGCCAGCAAGGAUUUACUGGGCAGUUCUGCGACACAAGAAUAGAUCCCUGCCAAAAUGUUCGAUGUAUCAAUGGACGAUGCUUAUCUCGGGGUACAGAUCCAUACUGUGAAUGCCAGCAAGGGUUUACUGGCCAAUUCUGCGACACUAGAAUAGGUAUUUAG